AUGGCCCAAGACGGUGCAGGGAAGAAUGAGGGAUGCGCCCGCCCUAGGAUCCCAACAAUGAGUGCCGAGGUUAGGGCGGACAAUCCAUACUCCCGUCUCAUGGCUUUACAACGGAUGGGCGUAGUGCGUGACUACCAAAAAAUAACAAAAAAGGCUGUCGUGCUCGUGGGUGUAGGUGGAGUGGGUUCUGUGGCAGCUGAAAUGCUCGUUCGCUGCGGCAUUGGGAAGCUUAUUCUUUUUGAUUUCGACUCUGUUGAGCUGUCCAACAUGAAUCGACUAUUCUUUACUCCGAAAGACGUCGGCCUGACCAAAGUAGAGGCUGCCAGGCGGACCCUUUCGUUCGUCAAUCCGGACGUCGAAUUGGAAGCACACAAUGCAAACAUUUGCCAGGAGUUCGACCUUUUCUUGUCGCGUAUUUUGAAUGGCAAGGACUCAAUGCAGCAGCGACAGAGGGAAGAGCAUCGGGAAGCAGAGCAUGGCUGUGACGCGCACCGCGGUCUUGAUUGCCCAGGCGAAUGGCCUGUUGAUCUCGUCUUGAGUUGCGUUGAUAACUAUGCCGCCCGCAUCACAAUUAGCCAAGCAUGCAACGAGGCGGGAGUUCCGUGGUUCAACAGCGGGGUCAGUGAGAACGCAACCAGCGGACAAAUACAGCUGUGCCUUCCUGGAGUCCUAGCUUGUUUCCAGUGUGCUCCGCCAUACGUCGUGGCUACAAAGGAGGACGAGAAUUCAAUAAAGCGCGAAGGCGUGUGCGCUGCAUCGUUGCCGACCACUAUGGGUGUCACCGCUGGUUUCCUGGUGCAAAAUGCUCUUAAGUUCCUGCUGGGGUUCGGUCGGCCGUCGACGUUUGUGGGGUGGGAGUCGCUGCAGGACUACUUCACUUCCCUCUGCCUGCGGCCGAACGAUCAGUGCGCAGACGCGUGGUGCUGCAAAAGACAGAAAGAGGUCCAAGGGAAGGGGCUGACACUCGAAGACUACCUUCCUCGUGCGCACGAAGGGAGUGCCAAAGAGGGGCCGCUUCACGAGGACAACCCUUUCGGCAUUACUCUAGUUGACGACGGAGAACAGCACGAAAGCGGGAGGGCAGGCAGUCAUGCCGGUCCCGAAACGAAGCUUCCUGCUUGUGCGUCCUCUUUAGACGAGUUGGCGGCCAAGUUGAAAUCGCUGCAGAGUUGA